UCUUUUUAGAUAGUAUAAAGAUAUAAAUUUAGACUUCCAAUUACUUAUAGAUCAGUAUGGCUUCCGACAGGUCCCAAUCUAAGCUUUUCCAACCGCUAGCCAUCGCCGAUGGCAAGAUCACUCUAAAGCACCGUGUUGUCCAUGCCCCGCUGACUAGAAAUCGUGGUACACCAUACUCUGAGUCGACUCCGGAAAAGCCGAAUCGGAUAUGGGUGCCAAAUGAUCUUAUGGUUGAGUACUAUUCUCAGAGGGCUACAGAAGGAGGACUCAUCAUAUCAGAGGCCAUCCCUCCUUCACUUGAAGGAAAUGGUAUGCCUGGAGUGCCCGGUCUGUUCAUCCCCGAACACGCAGACGGGUGGAAAAAGGUCGUUGACGCCGUCCACGCCAAGGGUGGCUAUAUCUAUGCGCAGAUAUGGCAUUCUGGGAGAGCAAAUAUUCCUCAGCUUACAGGUACCCCAAUCUUGUGUCCCUCGAGUACGCCGUGGGAUGACCCAAAUGAUUUUUAUGCAUACCCUCCGCCCCACAGUACUCAACAAGUCAAACUUGUGGAUUACCCUCCAAUCGAGAUGACAAUCCCCAAAAUCAAAAGCACAAUCCAAGACUACUGCAACGCCGCAAGACUAGCCCAGAAGGCCGGCUUCGACGGCGUCGAGAUCCACGGAGCCAACGGGUAUCUACCCGAGCAGUUCCUCAGCUCCAACAUAAACCGUCGUACAGACGAGUACGGCGGAACGCCCGAGAAGCGCUGCAAGUUCGUGCUAGAACUGAUGGACGAGCUCUCCCAGGUCGUCGGGCAGGAGAACCUGUCGAUCCGGCUAUCGCCAUUCGGCCUCUUCAACCAAGCGCGGGGGACGCAGCGUCUAGAGACAUGGAGCCAUCUAUGUAAGGAGAUCAAAGCCAACCACCCCAAGCUCUCCUACAUCAGCUUCAUCGAGCCGCGCUUCGAGCAGAUAUACACGGCGGAGGAGAAGCAGAAGUUCCUCGACUCCUGGGACCUACCGGACAUUAGCCUCGAGCCUUUCCGAAAGAUACUCGGCGAUACCCCCUUUUUCUCCGGAGGAGGGUGGAACGAUAAAAAUGCCUGGGGGGUUCUGGAGAGAGGGGAUUACGAUGCCUUGGUUAUCGGACGAUACUUUCUUAGUAACCCCGAUCUGGUCGAGAGACUCCGCCGCGGCUUGCCGCUUUCGAAGUAUGAUCGCUCUACUUUCUAUGGACCGCUGGAGAAGAGUAGUGUUGGGUACACAGACUAUCCAACUUACGAGAAAACGGUACCGAACUGAGCAUGACCGUUUGCUGCAGGGGGGUUGGAGGUAUAGCAGGUGAUCUAGUAUCCAUACAGGUUAUGCAUACUCCUUAGAUAUGUCUGGUCCUAUAUAGUCAACCCAAGAAUAAAUGCUAGUCCCACCAUAGGUGGCCCAGAAAGAUCUCUUUAUGACAGC